UUCAAUUUUAUAAUUAAAAUUUUGAGGAAAACGAGUGGAAUAAAUUCACAUUCAUUUAGACACGAUUGAGUGAAAAUUGCGAAGGAGAAUUCACUAACUUCUAUAUAGCAAUAAUCGUCCGUCCUGAAAUCACUGAGACCACACGCAAAAAAACAAAAAAAACAAACAAAACAAACAUUGUUCAAUGCUUAAGAUAUGGACAUCCUUAUCUCGCUAGUAGCCUUCAAAUUGACAUCAAAUGAAACAAAAUGUUCAAGGACAAGUCAUCUGACCUUCUGAAAGCGCGUUAAACCGGGCCCCACGGUUAUGCACACACGUUGUGUUCCUCCGAAUUCUAAGACUUUUGCAGCAUUAAUUGGACUUUUGGUCUAUCACGACUCGCUUCGCCGAUAUAUUUCGCGUUUCUUUGUAUUUCACAAUGCCACAAUUUAAUUACAGUUAUUUAGUGUCUGGCAAGUUUACAAUUGGAAUCUAUGCAUGCAUAAUAAAGUUCACCGCACCAGAAUUUCAAACACGGACGAACGGACGAAUAGGCUUCAUACCGAAUUUAUGGCAAACAAUAAGAAAAUCAGCUGCUGUUGAAUCACAAUUUUCCUUGAUUUGAAUAUUCCUGGUAGACCGGAUGCACAGUUGCGCGGUGAGCAGUGGUAGUGUAUGCAAAGCAAACCCUACGAAAAGUAGCUUAUUGCUAACUAAUGUAGUCAUCACCUGGACUCAUCCCUGUUGGCUUACGGUAUUUUCGAGUCGGCGAUCGAGGGUACAUAGGCUGCUGGACGAGACACACAACUUCAGUUCCUUUUCAGUCGCUUCGUCGUUAAGAUAUCUUACUGUUCACAUUGAAAUCGUGCUCGUUGUAUCCGAUAGGAUUUUCAAAUUUCAUCUAAAUUCUUUAAGGGCGUAAUUGACUAAUAGUCUUUCCUGAAAAUCAACUAAUUUCAAAAUGAUGCGUAAUAAUUUGGCUUUGGGUGCGCUAUUGUUCGUAAUUGGAAUGUCAUUUUCAGUUGACGCAUUCUCUUUCGACAACUUCAUCGAUCCGUUGUUAAGAAAUAAUGAAGAGCUGAAUCUGGAAGAACAACUGUCUGAGCUAGGCCGAGUUGUUGAUGAUGCAGCCCGGAACCUCUUGAAUCUAACAAUAGGAACAUCGACAACAAUAACUCACGCAAAUGCCCUCCUUGUUAUUUUCAUUCUUUCCGCUGUUAUCUUCGCCAUAUUCUCUCUCACCUACUUGGCAGCUUCCUCAGUAUUUCCAGGUAUGAAUGAAGAAAACGGAAAUCUUGAUCUGGGAGAAAUUUUAUCAAGUGAAACCGCCCAUAACGCAGCUCGUCUGUUUCUCUCGUACAUAAACUCAACAACCACCAUAUCGGCUUCAUAUGCACUCGUCAUCAUCCUAGGCAUUUCUCUGGCUUUGCUUGCACUUCUAGGACUUGCUUACAUGACAGCAUCAGCUAUUUUUACAGGUACUAGCGUUCAAUCUUACUACGGGAAGCGUUCCAUUCCGGACGGCGAAGGUGACCUGGAUUUUAAUUGGACUCGUAUUGUACAAAUUCUUCAUGAAAUGGAUGAGCAUUUCCGACGUCUUGGGGCAGAAAAGAAUGACGAUGAUUGCCGUAAACGUUUGAUAUGCCGACUGUUUGAAAAAAACUAUGACAUUAAAAACGAAAGUCAAAGAAAUCUGGCAAAGCUUACGAAUGAGCUCAGUGGUAUUUAUAAAAGUAACAAAUUUGUUACUGAAAAAUUGGAUUUUAAACCUUCAUAUGACAGUAUGAGAGCUUAUCACGAAGCCAACGAUAAUGGGAAAUUCGGCGAUUGCUCAUUUUUUUACCCAAAAUGUGACAACAAUUGAAAAGAAUUUGAAUCCAAGAAAGCGGUUAUACUAAAAUUCUGAUCUGGUAUGGCGAAGAUGGAAAAAUUCAACAAAUAUUUAUUUCUUUCAUUUGCCUCAUAAAUGUUAUCAAACUGUUAUAUUCAAUAUCUCUUCCUUCUGUAAUUUAUGUUUUUUUUUAGAAAGUUUGAUAAACGGGAUGUACUUUAAUUAUUAAUACCUGCAUUCGAAAAAAAAACAAACCAAACCAAACCAAACAAAAAACAACACUUCAUAUCUAAAGGCAGAGCCAUUUAAGGGGGAAGUCACUGGUCAGUCAAUUCGAUAAGAGAUUUUCCCUUGGGCUGCGGCACCGCCUAUUAUGGCAUAUGGCACGCCGAAAGGG